AUGCGCGUUUGUGCGGUCACCAUUCCCUAUAUUGCGCUCCUACCUGCAUAUCUGUCUUCGGAUGAUAAGACGUGGUACAACGCAUAUGUACAAAUAUUCCACCAGGUUGUUAUCAACAUGUCAGUUACGACUGCUGGUAUUCUUAGUGUGCGCCGCUUCCUCUCAGACCUGCAGACUGGCAAACUUGGCAUGAUCCUGAACGAUCGCGAGAUCGAAAUGACUGCAGCUCAGCGCAGUGCAACACGAAGCCGAAACGAGUCAGGCAACAAGUCUUCUACAACGUCGGGGUUUUUUGGACGAAGCAAGAAAAGCAAGACGGAUGACAGUAAAUCACAGACCCGAUCGAACGGCAGUGUCCUAGCCAGCUCCAACAACAUGCGUUUACGCCCAGAUGAUGUCGCACGAUACACCACACAUGUUGUUGGAGGGAGCAGCACUGGGGUCGGCAGUGAUAGAGAUGGUAGGAGUCGUAAUGUCCUUUCUGGCGAUACGACAAAAAGUGAUGACGAAAUUAGCGACGACAAAUCCACGAGCAGUCUGAGGAAAAACGGGGUGUACCAGAGGCGUGAUUUUGAGAUGCAUGUCGAAUAUGACUAUCCUGAUGGCGAGAGCAGCAGGUGA